UCAGAUUUCAGAUUAGAAAAAUAAAUUUCUUUGCAAAAUGGGGACUGUUGUCAGUAAAACUGCAAAUGGUCUUGGAGGGAUUCUUGGAAAUGCUUUUUCUGCUCCCUUUAAGGCAAUUUUUGGUCGAUCUUGCGAGGGGAUUUGUUCAGGACCAUGGGACAUAGCAUGUUUUAUCGAGCAUUUCUGCGUCGCAAAUCUGGGCAAAGUACUGAUGAGUCUUGGCCUUUGCUUCAUAAUUUUGUGGUUCUGCUACCUAUUGUUCAGUCUGGGGAUUUGCCAAUGCAUAAUAAGAAGUCUUUGCAAGAUGUGUUGUGCUGCAUGUGAGACAUACUGGUAUGCUUUCCAAGACAUUACAUGUUUCCUGUGGCACAAAUUGAUGAGCACCAAGCGAAGAAACAGGCAUCCCCGUAUUAGAGAUGUUGAAUUAGGGUUUAGUUCAAGUGAUGAAAGUGAUUUCUCAAACAGCUAUCAUCAUCCAAGUUUGAGUAAAAAGCGCAACAGAGAAGGAAGACAAUGGUACAAAAAUAAUAGUCGUCGUCAUCACCAUCAUGUGAAGUUGAAAACAAGACAAAUAUCUGUUCAUAUAAAGGAUGGAUCAAGAAUAAGAAAUUCAAGACGACUUCAAUUGGUUAAAUUCAGAAAUCCUCGAAAAUUUUCUAAAAGGCGAAGACUUAGAUGAUCAAGAUUAAGUGACAUUGUCGAAUAUUUU